GUGUUCACGUUUUUGGUUGGCUUGACCCCACAAGAGCGAAAUCCGCACAGUUGCGCACUUUUACAGUAUUUAAGACAAUAAACAAUUCACAUUGAAUGACUAUGUGUCCAUAAUCAUACUUUCGGACCGCUUUUGUAAUAUCGCUUAAAUUAAACGGGCGAUAAAAUGCCGGAAAUAAAAGUAACACCGCUGGGUGCUGGACAGGAUGUUGGACGCAGCUGCAUCAUCGUCUCCAUCGGAGGCAAAAACAUCAUGCUGGACUGCGGCAUGCACAUGGGAUACAAUGACGAUAGACGCUUCCCAGACUUCUCGUACAUCAUUCAGAAUGGGCGCUUGACAGACUAUUUGGAUUGUGUGAUCAUCAGCCAUUUCCACUUGGACCACUGUGGCGCUCUGCCCUACAUGAGCGAGAUGGUGGGAUAUGACGGGCCCAUCUACAUGACGCAUCCCACCAAGGCCAUCUGCCCCAUCCUGCUAGAGGACUUCCGCAAGAUCACCGUGGACAAAAAGGGAGAGACCAACUUCUUUACCUCGCAAAUGAUCAAGGAUUGCAUGAAGAAAGUCAUCCCACUCAACUUGCACCAGACUGUCCAGGUGGAUGACGAACUGGAGAUCAAGGCAUACUACGCUGGCCAUGUUCUCGGUGCUGCCAUGGUGCACAUCAAAGUGGGCUCAGAGUCGGUGGUCUACACUGGCGACUACAACAUGACACCAGACAGACAUUUGGGUGCCGCUUGGAUCGACAAGUGCCGUCCGGACCUUCUCAUCUCCGAGUCAACAUAUGCCACCACCAUACGAGACUCAAAGAGAUGCAGAGAGAGAGACUUUCUGAAGAAAGUGCACGAAUCCAUCGAACGAGGCGGAAAAGUUCUUAUCCCAGUGUUUGCCCUUGGAAGAGCCCAGGAACUCUGCAUCCUUUUGGAAACAUUUUGGGAGAGAAUGAACUUGAAGGCUCCUAUCUACUUCUCCACGGGGCUGACCGAGAAAGCCAAUCAUUAUUACAAGCUGUUCAUCACCUGGACCAACCAGAAGAUCAGGAAAACAUUUGUGCAGAGGAACAUGUUUGAAUUCAAGCACAUCAAACCCUUUGAUCGCUCGUACGCUGACAACCCGGGACCAAUGGUGGUAUUUGCAACACCAGGAAUGCUACACGCUGGACAGUCGUUGCAGAUCUUCAAGAAAUGGGCCGGCAAUGAGAAGAACAUGGUCAUCAUGCCAGGUUACUGCGUACAAGGAACAAUCGGACACAAGAUCCUGAAUGGACAGAGGAAACUGGAGAUGGAGGGCAGAGCGACGUUGGACGUCAAGCUGCAGGUGGAGUACAUGUCCUUCAGCGCCCACGCCGACGCCAAGGGCAUCAUGCAGCUCAUCCGGAUGGCCGAACCUCGCAACAUGCUGCUCGUGCACGGUGAGGCGGUCAAGAUGGAGUUCCUCAAGGGCAAGAUCGAGCAGGAGUUCAGUAUCGACUGCUACAUGCCUGCAAACGGCGAGACAACUACAGUGACUACAAAUCCCAAAGUUCCCAUUGAUAUGUCUCUCAACCUUCUCAAGAGGGAAAUGGCACUCGGAGGGCCUUUACCCGAUCCCAAAAAACCUCGCAUCAUGCACGGAACCCUCAUCAUGAAAGAUAAUAGUCUCAAGCUGGUGUCCUCGGAACAAGCCCUUAAAGAGCUUGGACUCAACGAACAUCAGUUGCGAUUCACGUGUCGCGUGCAGCUCCACGACCCGCACAGUGACCCUGACACGCUUCGAAAAAUAUACACACACCUCAAGAGUGUCUUGAAGGGGUACACCAUCCAACACCUUCCCGAUGGCACCGUCAUGGUGGAGUCCAUCGUCAUCAAAGUGUCAUCUUCAUCAGAGGAAGCUAAUACGAAGGUCAUCCUGCUUUCCUGGAGUUAUCAGGAUGAAGACCUUGGGAGCUUCCUUUCAACUCUGCUGAAAAAAGGGCUCCCAUCUGGACUUUGAGAAAAAGGCUAAUAACAAGUAUGGCUUUUGUUUUGUUGUCUUUAAAAA